ACAGUUUUCCGAACAAGAAUACAAGAAGAAUUUCAGGAUUAUCCAAAAUAAUCUUCGUUUUAAACGGCUGGUUUUACCCUGGACGUGUAUGGUUAAAGUCACUGACCAAUUUACACGUUGAAUCUUUUGUGAAGAAGAAGUUGUAUGUAUUUCUAUUAGCUGGUGUGAACUGAAUGUUUUCAUUAGGGUUUCCCAUCUCUGACAAGGCGGAUUCGCAGGUGCUAUAAACGGAGUAAACAAGUCAGUCAGUGUGCUAAACAGCAACAAGUAAAAUGACUGUCUCGUCUCGUCUUGUCUGCGAUUACGCUUCGGUUUGACGGGAAAGGGGAAAGGCAUCCCAAACAUCUUUGACUGCAUCGGCUUGUUUGGCCAACUGGCCCCGGCGAAGUGCGCUUGAAGAGGCUGAAUAACAAUUCCCCAGGGCUGCUGUGUGCCUACAGUGUGAUGUGGAUAGCGCUGGAGUGUCUAUUUUAACACACCAUGGCUGUCCGGUGGCUAUGCAGCCUGUUUGGGAAGCCGUUUGAUGGGGCUAAGCGCGGCAACAUGGAUCAUGAACAUCAGCAUCAGCAGCAGCAUCACCCGGGGCGACCGCACUCCUUCCCACAGCAGACCCCGCCCACACAGCCACAGCCACGCCCGUUCUCCUACUUCACUUCCUUCCCAGGGUUCCCGGGGGGCGUGGGCCUGUCGCCGGGGCAACACCCCUCUCUGGCUCGCCUGGCGGAGCUUCAGGCGGAGGUCGCGACCUUUGGCCCCGCGGUCUGCUCCUUCAGCGGCCUGACCUCCGACCGGCAGUACAAGAGGCUGGAGAGAGAACUCAGUCGACUACAGGUGGAGGUGGACCAGGUGGAGACUGAGGGUCGUGCUGAGCUGCAGGCGGCCCGUAAGCGCGUGGCGGGGGAGGUGGAAGGGCUGCUGAGGUACCUGGAGGGCAACGCUAAUCACCCCUCGCGGCUAGCAGUGGAGGCGCUAGCACAGGAGGCGCGCGGACUGCUGCUAACGGGCAUCGUGGAGCCGCACCGCCAAGGCCUGCCACCGGGGGGCACCGAGGAGUUACUACAGGCACUACAGGACGUAGCCAUGAGGCUGGCACAGGUUAAGACAGGGGGCAGCGUUCCGCUCCGCAAGGCGCGCUACCGGGCCCUGACGCGCGUGUGUGCGGUGCAGGAGGUUCUAGAAGGUUCCACGCAGGUGCGCACGCUGCCGCUCUCCAACGAGACCCACGAGGCCGUGCAGGCCAUCAACAUCGCCAUGGAGACGCUGAGCGGGGCGCGGUGCCAGCUUGUGGCCCUCCUCAUGGGCCUCAACGACUCGCAGGGCACGCACGGCAACACGCAGACGCACGCGCAGACGCAGACGCACACACACCUGGCCAGAGACCUCACACACCUGCAGCUGUCGCUCGACGCCCUGGACGUCUCCACGGACGCGGCUGUACGCAACUACCGCAAACAGGUGGUGGAGGAGAUCAACGCUCUGCUGAAACAUCUAGACAUGGAGGAGGAAGGAGACAACACACACAGGUACGACCUGACUCAUAAUGAUUCCAUCCGGGAGAUCGAGGCAAUCAGGGGGCGCGUCUCCGAGCUGAGGUGGGAGGUGCUUAGACAGGGCAUCGCCGGACAGGGGGCGGAGCUACAGAGUCUACUCACACGAUUGGACCAGGUGGAUACUGGUCGUAACCCGUGUAUCCGUGAGGCGCGGCGGAGAUCGGUGCUGGAGCUGCAGGCUGUAGUUACCUUUAUCGACCUGCAGGGCGCGCUGUGGCAGUGGAUGCAGCAGCAGCAGCAGCAGCAGAGGGAGCAGACUCCACAGCGCCCCCCACUGGAGGCUGUGUGGAGAGUACUGGCCAGCCUGGCAGAGCUGCAGGCACAGGUGUUGGGUUUUGACGGUAAGCGGUCGGAUAAGAGCUACAUGGUUCUGGAGGAGCUCCUGACCAAGCGUCUUCUGGACCUGGACGCGGUCGACCCGCAGGGGGACGCCGAGACCAAAGCGGCGCGCAAGCAGGCCGUCAAGUACGCCCAGAACAUCCUGAACUACCUGGACAUGAAGACAGACGAGUGGGAAUACUGAACACACACACACACACACACACACACACACACACACACACACACACACACACACACACACACACUGUUAGUUAGACAUGAAGACAGACGAGUGGGAAUGCUGAAGACACACACACACACACACACACACACACACACACACACACACACACACACACACACACACACCAUUACCUAGAUAUGAAAACAGAUGAGUUGGAAUUAGGGCUGGGACAUGAAUGCAUUAAUUUCAAUUAAUUAAUUAAACAAUGCAAUUAAUUAAUUGACACGAUUUAAAAAAUUAAUCGCAGUAUAAUAUAGCUACAUAGUUCUGGAUUAGACCAGUGGAGGGCAGUAUUACGCCUGAUGGUGAACAGCCUGCUGAAAUUGAGAAGAGUUCUCUCUUCUUUUAAAAAUGAAUCAUAUUUUUAGAUUAAGCUUAUUUAUUGUAAUUAUUUAAAAUCCAUGUGAAAAGACAUUUUUCACUGUUCUCAAGUCAGAUAUUUAAAUGCGAUUAAAAUGAUUAAAAUUAAUUCCAAAGCCUAUAGAUUAAUUUGAUAAAAAAUUUUAAUCGAGUCCCAGCCCUAGUUGGAAUAUACACACGCACACGCACACGCACACACACACACACACACACACACACACACACACACACACACACACACACACACACACACACACACACACACAAUUACCGAGAUAUGAAAACCGUUGAGUUGGAAGACUGACAGACACACACACACACACACACACACACACACACACACACACACACACACACACACACACACACACAGGUAUCUGGGUAUGUCAUAGGCCGCGUCGCCGCCCCUCAACACGAAUCUGCCAAUCAGAGGCCCUCGCUAGUGGACUGAGAGACUGAGCUUUGGGCUGCGGGAUGCAUUCUGGGUAAUGGAGUUUUCUAUGUAUCUGUAUGUGUGAUCAGCUGUCUGUAAAUAAACUACACCUCCCAUCAUGCACUGCUGCAGCCCCUUGUCAUCCCAAGUAAACCCCGCCCCCUCUGGGCCU